UACAGGGGACCCUACUGUAUGAUCCAGCAGCUGGAUCCUAGAAGGUGUGUGAUCCAUCUCUCCUUCAUUCCUCUUCCUACUCUUAAAGCCCCAGGCAGCAAAUAAUGGAACUCAUUGAUGGCCAUGUGAAUGGAGAGGUCAAUGGUAAUUAUAUUGACCACUACAAUGGGGUGGCAGCAGACAUGAAGAAGGUUUUAAAGUUGCGCAAACACAGUCAGAGCAAAACUGAAAAUGAGGAGCUGCUGGUUUUGGAAGAUGCAUACAGUAAUAUCCUGAGUGAGCUGGGAGAGGACCCCGAGAGGGAAGGUCUUCUCAAGACACCCAGUAGAGCAGCCAAGGCAAUGAAAUUCCUCACCAAGGGAUACAAGGAAAGCAUCUAUGAUAUACUCAACAAUGCUAUAUUUGAUGAGGACCAUGAUGAGAUAGUUAUCGUAAAAGAUAUUGACGUAUUUUCGCUCUGUGAACAUCACCUCGUACCAUUUUUUGGAAAGGUACACAUUGGAUAUUUACCAAACAAAAAGGUUGUUGGAUUGAGCAAACUGGCAAGGAUUGUUGAAAUCUUUAGUCGAAGGCUGCAAGUUCAAGAGAGGCUGACAAAACAAAUUGCAUUAGCAAUCAACGAGGCUCUGCAGCCAAUGGGAGUUGCUGUGGUCAUGGAAGCUUCGCACAUGUGCAUGGUAAUGAGAGGGGUACAGAAGAUGAAUAGCAAAACUGUGACAAGCACAAUGCAUGGGAUUUUCAGAGAUGAUCCCAAGACAAGGGAUGAAUUCCUAUCACUCAUCAAGAAAUAACAGAAACAUCUGUGGGAGGAUAAUCCACAUAUUAUUGCAAUAGUUUUGUUUUACACAAUUCAUAUGCGUUACUGAAAUUGUAUGCAAUGGUGCUAACUAUAAAACUCUUAUAAACUCUACAAAUAAAAAAAUAUUGUCCACUUGAACAUGUAAAUU